GCCGCCGAACCCCGGACCGCCGCCGCCGCCGCCGCCUACGCGAACACGCGACCGCCGCCCGUUGCGGCAACCCGCCGAUAGUCGGCUAGUCCCUCCUCUUCCCCAAAUCAGCAGCCACUGCUUUUGGUCUCCGUGCCGUCGUCCGAUGGCCAAGCGGCUCGCCGCCGCCGAGAAAGAGGUGCUAGUUGAGGUCGUGAGAUUCACCCAGAAGAACGGGUUGAAAGGCUCUGAUGGGGGGUGGAAGGAUUUCCUCGCGCGGAACGACAAGAAGUUUGGUGAUUCAGUAAGCGACCCUAGGAAGCGUUCAAGGGAUGUGCUGCUCGCCUUCCUGCAAACCUUCUCCAAGGAUUUCCAAAAAUACUUCGGCAAAUUGGUGAAGCGUCAAAAGGAAAGAAGUACUGUUCAGCAGUAUAUGAACGAUUUUCCUGACAAGGUUUCUCCCGAGCAGAAACUUGUUCAACUGACAGCAGAGCACCCAGAGUACAGGAAAAAUUAUUGCUUCCCAUCAUACCAGGAGGGAUGGAAAGUAUUACGGAUAGGAGAAGUCUCUAGUUUGGUGAGCUCGAGUGCUAUGUUGGCAAUUGACUGCGAGAUGGUCCUUUGUGAUGAUGGCAUGGAGGCUGUGGUCCGAGUAUGUGUUGUAGACAACAAUCUUGAGGUGAAGCUGGACAUACUUGUAAAUCCUUCUAAAGCUAUUACUGACUAUAGAACACACAUCACUGGUGUAUCUAAGAAGGAUUUAGAAGGAGUCACAUCAUCGCUAGUUGAUGUUCAGAAAUCGCUCAAGAGGAUCUUGGCCAAAGGAAAGAUUUUGAUCGGCCAGAGCUUAUAUAGAGAUUUAUGUGCCUUAAAGAUGGAUUACUGUCAAGUUAUUGAUACAGCAUACAUCUUUAAGUAUGCAAAUUUACCUACUACAGCAUCAGCUUCCUUAAACAGUUUGUGCAAGUCUGUUUUAGGGUAUUCUGUUCGAGAAGGAGAACCACAUAAUUGCUUAAAGGAUGCAGAAGCUGCAAUGAAUCUAGUUCUUGCAAAGCUUAAGCAUGGAUUUAAUGAUCCCAUUAAAGUUGCUGCAAGCAGUGUAUCUGAAUCUGAUGCAUUGAAGUUACUUGCUCAUAGAAUACCAGUGCACCUGCCUUGCCAAGAGCUGUGCAAAAUUUUCUCUGGGAACCCCAGUAUUGAUGACAAGAUUGAUUCAAGGAUUCGAGGUGAAUUUUAUUCGACAAGUAUUUCGUUCAAUGAGAUAGAUGAGUUAGAGAUGGCUUUUGAAGCACUGGAUGGCCAAAUGACUAAGGACUCUGGUGGGCGACUUCAAAAGUAUGUGCUGAUGAAGCGCGACAAUGGAGAUGUGGUGAGUUUCUACGUCCGGAAGAUGGUAUAUGGUCCCCAGCCAAACCAGUUCGAGUUUCCAAAGAAGAGACCACAGCCUAUUGAGGAUGCAGAACCAAAGAAAGAACAAGUUGAUGGGGAUCAGCAAAAGAAGAAACGAAAGAGUAAGAAGCACGUGAACUCGGCACAGGUGUCAGUGGUUGAAUGAAGAAUUUCCGUGAUCUUUUGGUUACAGAUUGAUGCUGAAAGAUCAUGAAGAGGUGUUUGGAGGGAACAGUUUGGUCGGAGGUUGGCGAAACCAAUUUUGGAGAAGGGUGUACGAGAGAAAUAGUAUCGGUUUGUCUGGUUGCUUAGGCGGGCAUUUGAUUAUUCUUCAAUUAGACUGACGUAGUUGGGCAUGUGGUUUGUCAAAGUAUGCUUUUCGUCAGUAAAUUUUAUUUCUGUAAUUCUGUAUGCUCUCAGUUGCCUAGCGUUUCUGUUUUAUGGAAGAGCAUCGUGUUUCUCUUGGAGCAAAG